UAGUGAGCGAGGAAAGUGAAAACCCACCAAAGCCUUACCAAUUCAUUUGAUUUUUCUUCCUUGGUGAGCCAUAUAGCAAUAAUUUUGAGUGGUAGUUUCAUAAAGAUAACGCCUUUCCUUUUGGGUUGUUCAUGGUUACAAGCAAGAGGCCCAAGACAAAGAAAAAAUUGAUCCAUGAAUAGGGCUUCUUUUCUUUUUAUAAGUAGUUUCCCUUCCAUCUUUGGGGUUCUAUGUGUAAAGCUUCUUAGCAUUCCUCUUCCUUUCUUCUUUUUUGCCUUUGAGGGGAACUAGAGAAACACUAAUAAAAGAAUGGAGAAGCUAUGGAGGCCAUUAGGUCACCUCUUCCUCACUUUCUUUCUCUACAACUUCGGAACGUUCAUGGUGGCUCCAACCAUAACCGACGUCACCAUGUUUGCAGUCUGCCCUCACCAACCGGAGUGCUCGAUCGCCAUUUACCUCACUGGAUUUCAACAAGCGGUGAUUGGGCUAGGGACUCUAUUUAUGAUGCCAUUGGUAGGGAAUCUAUCAGACAGAUAUGGGAGAAAAGCUUUGCUCACUCUUCCUAUGAGCCUUUCCAUUAUCCCUUUGGCCAUAUUGGCGUACAGCAGAUCCAGGAACUUCUUCUACGCUUACUAUGUGCUUAAGACUCUCACUUCCAUGGUUUGUGAAGGAAGUGUUCAGUGCCUUGCUCUCGCCUACGUGGCGGACAAUGUCCCGGUGCGACGGCGGGCGGCGGCGUUCGGGAUCCUCUCCGGGAUCGGAUCGGCAGCGUUCGUGUGCGGGACCUUCAUAGCUCGGUUCCUCUCCACUGCUUCCACUUUCCAGGUGGCGACGGCCGUUGCGAUCGCCGGAACGGUCUACAUGAGGAUUUUCCUUCCCGACGUAGCCGUCGAGGAAAGCCUCAAGACGCCGAUUCUCUGCCGAGGAAAGGAGAAGAUCGUAGCCGAUUUCCCGAACGAGAUCUCUCCAAUUAAGAGCGAGCAGAUAUUCAAAUCGAGGCCUUCCCUGCGAGACAUGCUCACCAUGCUGCAGAGCAGUAAGAUUUUCACGCAGGCGGCCGUUGUUGCAUUCUUCCUCAGCCUUUCAGAUGCCGGCUUUCAAGCCUCCGUAACGUACUACCUGAAAGCCGAAUUCCACUUCAAUAAGGAUCAGUUCGCAGAUUUAAUGGUGAUUUCCGGGGUCGCUGGCACAGUUUCACAGCUAAUUGUGAUGCCAAUAUUAACUCCAUUCUUAGGAGAAGGGGUUCUGCUUUCAGUUGGACUUUUCUUCUCUUGUGCCCAUAUAUUUCUCUACAGCGUUGCAUGGUCUUUCUGGGUCCCUUAUGCUGCCUCUAUGCUCUCCAUUUUCUUUGUUUUCUCACAACCAUGUAUGCGGACCAUUGUGUCGAAGCAAGUCGGUUCAUGUGAGCAGGGAAAGGCUCAAGGAUGCAUAUCAGGGAUUUCUUCAUUUGCAAAUGUUGUAGCUCCCUUAGUUUUCUCUCCAUUAUCAGCUUUGUUUCUCUCUGACAAUGCACCAUUCGAUUUCCCCGGUUUCAGCAUCAUGUGCGUUGGAUUUGCAAUGAUGGUAGCCUUCGUUCAGAGUCUCAUGAUUAGGGUUCCUCCUCCCAUUGCAGAAGAGAGAGUCGAUAAUCCGAACCACGUUGAUUCCUACGCAUGACCUGUAGUUUCCCUUAGAUAAUCGACGAUGAUAAGUUAGUUAUUGGAAGCUCUAAGUUGGCAUUUUCACAUUCCUUUUCUCUGUGUAUAUAUUUUUUGGGGCUCACUGGAAUAAUCUCGGCCUCCGGCGAGGGAAACAGGGCGCCAACUCGAGGGCAAAUGCAUUGUCCAUGAAACCGUACCGUACCGGAGGUUCAACCACGAAAUACUAGUAUCGGAGGCUAAACCGGUAGGCGGUAUUUACCGGUAUAACGGUUGAACUACGAUUAAACCACGGUUUUAUCAUAAAGUACCUUACCGUUG